AUGACUACGCUUGAAAAAUGGAGAGCGGGCCGGAGGAAAAGAGAGAGAGACCCCGUACAGCAGCACCUGGAGCACAGGGACCCCGUACACCAGCAGCUGGAGCACAGGGACCCCGUACAGCAGCAGCUGGAGCACAGGGACCCCUUACACCAGCAGCUGGAGCACAGGGACCCCGUACACCAGCAGCUGGAGCACAGGGACCCCUUACACCAGCAGCUGGAGCACAGGGACCCCGUACAGCAGCAGCUGGAGCACAGGGACCCCGUACAGCAGCAGCUGGAGCACAGGGACCCCGUACACCAGCAGCUGGAGCACAGGGACCCCGUACACCAGCAGCUGGAGCACCGGGACCCCGUACAGCAGCAGCUGGAGCACAGGGACCCCGUACACCAGCAGCUGGAGCACCGGGACCCCGUACAGCAGCAGCUGGAGCACAGGGACCCCGUACAGCAGCAGCUGGAGCACAGGGACCCCGUACAGCAGCAGCUGGAGCACAGGGACCCCGUACACCAGCAGCUGGAGCACAGGGACCCCGUACACCAGCAGCUGGAGCACAGGGGCCCCGUACACCAGCAGCUGGAGCACAGGGACCCCGUACACCAGCAGCUGGAGCACAGGGACCCCGUACACCAGCAGCUGGAGCACAGGGACCCCGUACACCAGCAGCUGGAGCACAGGGACCCCGUACACCAGCAGCUGGAGCACAGGGACCCCGUACAGCAGCAGCUGGAGCACAGGGACCCCGUACAGCAGCAGCUGGAGCACAGGGAGGAGGGAGGUGGUCAGAAAUAG